AUGCCAACUACUCGGAGCGGUAUGAACUCUACACCCACUCCUCCUGCUGGUGCUGCCAACCAACCUGCCAGCCCUGCUAAUACAACUGUUGGCUCUAUUACCGUACAACCUGGUAAUACCUUUGCGAGCCUCGAGUUUGCUGUCACGGUCCUCUUUCAAGCGUCUCUUGACAGCCCACUCAGGCGUGCUCUUUGUCGCGAUGGAUGUGUUAACUUCAUGGAUCUCCUCGGUUACAAAGAGGCUGAGCUCCUGAACCUGAAGUACAAUACACCCAUUCUUGACGCCAAAGGGGUGGAUACUGGCCAAACUCAGCUUACUCAGCUUGAGCGGCCCUGUUGUGCUAUUAUUUGGGCCCUACAUGGAUAUGCAUACCUCCGUGAAAACGUUCAUCGCGACCUGAUCACUCCGAUCAAUUGCAUGAACAUUGACACAAAAGCAUUCCAAAAUUAUAGAUCACUUUGGGACACCUUGGGGGAGUCGAUCUCUAUGGCAUGUCAUGGUGGCAGCAAAUCCGAUGCUGCCAAGGUGGUCCAUGAUUCCGCACCCCGAAAAGAAGUUGUCCAGAACCAAAUGAUGGGGCUCCCUGAAGAUCUUGCCAUCACCAUCUUCCUUGGAGAUCAUGGUAGAGAUCAUUGCUGCAAUCAUUCGGACUUCAUUUGGCCCUUGUGCACCAAAUCCUGUAGGACGAUGAUGCAAGUUGUGGCGAUGGAUGUAUGCUUGUGGACAACACCAAGACGCAUCAGUUACAAUCAUGACUUGACCUCCUUUGGUAACUCCAGGCUUCCCUGA